UUUUGUCUUUCUGGCAAGGGAGAUACCUGUAGAAUCGGAGCGAGCCGACCUAUCGUCUACCGAGCAUGAGGAAUUUGAGAAAGUUCUAGCGUUGCCGAGCCUCGAGAGAUCGGCAGACGUUCUUCUUGCGAGUGACCUGCUGAGUGACUCGAUAGGUAUGCCGCCAAAUCGGAACGACCCCAACAUGAAGGCGAGGUUGAUGAAAAUUGCCAAAGAGACAGUCAAAGGGUCGGCUGGGGGUUCGCAGCCUCCUCGGACGGUGGGGUCGUCUCAUAUGUCCGUGGCUGGAAACCAAGGCGCAAGGGUGGUUAAUAUACCGGCCCGGGUGGGACAAAAGAGAGUAGCCGAGGAGGUUUCACCUCUGGAACUCGGAAAGAGACGGGCCGAGGGUGAACCGAAAACUAACACGGGGAAGCGACCAGUAAGCUCGGCUGCUCCCGGAUCGGGAGAGAGUGCAAGUGUGGAUUCUGGUUGUGGUCCAUUGGAGCCAUGGGUGGACGGUGAGCUGGCACUGAGAGCAUUCCAACAAAAAGCCAAGCGCGUUUUGAGAGUGGAGGUGGUAAAGAGCAUGUUUACUGAGAACAUGGGUUACAGCGGUAUGACCAUGUCCGCUCUGGAGGACCAACUGAAGGCUACCUUCAAGCUCUUUGUCGCCGCUCAAAACGUCGCCGCUCACCGUGAUUUUGAUCGAGGAAAAAGGGACGAGCAUGCCUUGACUACGGCUGAGCUGAAUAGGACUAUUGUGGAGAAGACGAAGGUGGAGGAGGAGUUAUUGGUGGUGCAGGGUCGGCUAGAUGCAGAGACGAAGAAGAACGCCGAGCUUCUGUUGUCCGUAAAUAAACUGACUGACGACAAGCAUAGUCUAGGCGCGGAGCUGUCUAAGUCUCAGGAGGAAUUAGGUGAGGCUAACCGAAAAAUUGAGGCCUUUUCAUCUGAGCUGAGGACUUGUUGUGACAAUGCAGUGAAGGACUAUGUAGGGUCGGCUGAGUACCAGGAAAUACUCGCUUCACAACGAGUUGAGGGAUACUUUGACUUAAUCCAAAAGGUCGGGGAGAAGUAUCCUUCUCUCGAUUGGAAUUUCCUCGGCCAAGAAGUGGAAGAAGCCGAGGCUGGAGCCGACCAGGGUGGCGGGGCUGACGUGGUGAUGGGUUCGGGCGCCGGGUCAGUGAUUCAAGUAGCCGAGCCUCGAGUUCAAGGUGUCAGUGGCGUGGCCCGAGUAUCCAACGAGCCGUCUCCUGGCCCAUAGGUUCCGAUCGGGGCUUCAGGUCCCUCUGCCAUAGCUGUUAGUGCUGCAAAUGUCUAGGUUUUAUGUGUGUAUUUUGUAACCGAUAUUGAGGUAUAUUUUGGAACAAUUGAACCUACGAUCGGAUCAAUGUUGGUUAGUUUAAUC